UGCCCAUCCAACAUCAUCGUUGCUUCAUUUGUUAGCUUUGGAAGCAAGCCCCGCCCUCGUGGAUGGUAUGACCAUGAACCAUAUCAGUAUCCAAAUCAUCUUCUGCCCAAGCCAGGCAAUGGUUUUGAAGAUUGACACACCACCAUUAUCCAUGUUACAUGCUACAGUAGUCAACUCGCCUUUUCGACAUCAGUGACACCAAUAUAACCCAGAUGCGCGUUCAUAGUUUACAGCACAAUUUUCUGGUCUUUGUCACUACAUUGAUCUUGCUAACACGCCCGGCACAAUGUUGGUUAGCCCGUUCCGCCGGCAGUCCGCACGGCCGCCAUCAGCAUCCGUCUUACCGUCUCGAUCUUGAUGUCGAUAAUACUAAACCCGAGGGCGAAUCCCCCCUCCAUGUCCGCAAUGUCGAGAGACUCGGCUUCCAGGUCGCCAAUAAUAGCGCCAGUCAUCGCGAUCUCGGCUUCACUGGGAAAAUUGCUGGAAAGUGGUAUGCCGUUUUCGGCGACACCAUGUGGUGUGCGCCUGGGGUCACCAACUUCCUUGAGGAUACUCCCGGUUUCCAUGGCAUGGUCCGAGAUUCAGUCUCCCUAUUGACGAAUGACCCUUUGACCGUGGUGGAUCUGAACCUGAACGAUGAUUAUCCUGUCCCGCAUCAAAAACAGCUGAUCCCUUUCAACGAGGCAUGGGGUGAAACGAACCAAUACGGUUUCGGUGGCACGAGUUUUUGCGAGACUGAUGCCGAGACCGCGACCGCUGCGCUUUACUACCUUGUGAAUGUCAACGAAACCGGCGGCCUCCUAGGCGCUGGUGUCGCCAAGGUCGAAGUCAUCAACAACACUCCCACGGUCACCCAGCGCUUCGGCAACAAGGGGUUCUGGUGGGAUUCAAACACCACCGCCAAAUACGGCGACCAAUGUGCCUACCGCGAUGAACGCUCUGAGUACAUAUACAUCUGGGGCGGCCCCCCGAACUCGAUUACUGGAUGGCCUCACUCCAGUUACGCCUACCUUGCCCGGGUCAAAGCAGAAGGUGCGUUCGAUCUGGCCAAGUACGAGUAUUUCUGGGGUCGUCAGCAGGGCUGGAAGUCAGAGGUUCUUACGAAGUUUGAUGCUGAGACGGCGGUCUGGUGGGCGGUCGGUCAAGGUCAGGUUGCGUGGAAUGAGUACUACCAGUGUUAUGUGCUGGUUCAUUUGUCUGCUUUUGGCGAUGGUGCUGUGUACCUGCGAACAGCCCAGUCUCUGGAAGGACCAUGGACCCCGGAUGUCCAGGUAUACAAAAGCGAACCUAUCGACGGCGGAUUAGUCUAUGCCGGUGUUCAACACCCCUACCUGGAUCCGACUGGACAGACAUUGGUUCUGUCUUUUACGAACAACAACCACAUUGAGGUCAUUAAGGUGACUUUUGCUUAGAUGCAUCUCUGUCUUCUCACUUAAUACACUUA